GUGUAGAUCUUGAAAGCUGUAUCAUACUUUACCCCAACUCUAUACAUAUGCAGGAUUAAUAAUGAAUAGGAGUGAGAAAAAAAUCACUCUCCCUAAUAGAUUUUGAUUAGUGAUAUGAGGGAGGAGACUCUAGCGGUGGUGGAAGUGUUCAUCAGCCUCAUCCGCCGAUUGAGAUAAGUUUUUCACUUGAUUAUGAUUUGAUCCCGAUAAAUAUUGACCAUGCUUUUCUCAACAUUUUCCCAACUAGAUUAUAAAUACGUUGUAAAAGAACAAUAUUUCAUGAGACUUUUUUUGAAACUGAAACCGAAUAAUUUCUAAAUCUAAAUUUAGAUGACAUGACAUGACAUGAUCUUCAUCAGGUGAAUUUUUUCCCAACCCAAAACGGUCGGACCAUACGUUAUGCAUUUAGAGAAAUAUAAAGCUAUGUGUAAAGAUAGUCCUUUUUCUCAGUAGGAAAUAAUCAUAAUAAACAAAACCAGCUUCACUUCCAAGGUUGAUUUAGAAGACCACUUGUUUCAUGGUAUUUUCUAGUUAUUUGUUACAAUAUGUUUCGGAAAAAUAUGAAUACCUAUCAGAUUGAUCUUAUAAGCAUUUUAUUUUCAGGUAGAUUCCCCAUCUAAAACUGCAAAGUUUGUACCAAAACUAUGAAUAAAGAAACAGCGAGAAAAAAUAAACUAUGUCGUCGACCUAACUUGAAUAUAGAAAGCGAAAAUAAAGCUGGUUGUGCUAAAAAAAUAUUCAACUCAACAACAAUUGAACCUUCUCUCUUAUUAUGCAUACUAUCAUCCACCAUAUACCAGAUAAUUACUAUAAAUCUUUAUCUAGAGAAAACCUGUAGGGUUCAGUUUGGCCUGAACGAUACAGUUUGUGAUGCUCUAUCAGAAAGAAGAAUAUUGGGCUACGAAGUUGAAGAAGCUCGAGUACAGAACUACGUUACAGAAUUGUCUGCAAUUUCUACAUUCAUUCAAGGAUUAUUUCCUUUUUGUCUUUUAUUAUUUUUAGGUUCUUGGAGUGACAAACAUAGUUGCAGGAAACCAUUGAUAUUAGCACCCAUUUUGGGCGAAAUUGUGGCUGUGAUUUUGUUAAUAUUGAAUACUGCAUAUUUCGAAGAAAUUCCUGUGAUUUUUACCGCUUUUUCUGUUUCCCUUCCUACUGCACUGAUGGGGGGAUGGCCAUGCUUAUUUCUAGGCGUCUACAGUCAUAUAAGUUACUUGAGUGAUGAUGAUAAUAAAACGUUCAGAAUAGGAAUAUCUUCAACAAUCCAAAACGUAGCUUUCAUCCUUGGUUUGGGAUCCAGUGGAUUUUUAUUAGCUCCAAUUGGGUUCAUUGGAAUUUAUGUUAUCUGCUUGAUAAUGCUCGUUCUUUCAUUUUUGUGUGGAUAUUGGUUGAUAAAAGAAAUUACAGCGGAAAAAGGGAAUAAGAGAAAUGUAACAACCAAUGGCAGAGUUAACUUUUUGGAUAUUUUUCGAUUAGAACAUCUCAAAUGUACAGUAAAAACUUGUUUUGUGAAUAGUCGAAAUGAUAAGAAAAAAAGGAUAUUUACAAUUUUGUUAUUAUGUAUUAUGACUUUGGGACCAAUGCAAGGAGAAAAUGCAGUUUGUUAUCUUUAUACCAGGUUGAAAUUUGGAUGGAAUGAAUUGGACUUCAGUAUUUUCUUCCUGACGCAUUCGUUCAUUGACAUUAUCGGUUCUUCAUUCAGCAUUGUGAUACUAUCGAAAAUAUUCAAAUGGGAAGAUUCUGCAAUAGGCGUUUUAGCUUUAUGUACUGUUAUAAUCGCUGAAGUCAUAUACGCUUUUGCACCGAAUUUUAAAUAUUUUUAUGCAGGUAUAAUCGCGGAUAUUUUUUUUACCAUUCCUCCAAUUGCACUGCGUUCACUUAUGGCCAAAAUAGUACCAGAAAGUGAACUUGGAAGAUCGAAUUCUCUUUUAGGCUUGAGCGAAGCUCUAGUGCCGUUGAUAUUUGGACCGAUAUAUUCAACGGUCUAUAAAAAUACCAUGAAAAUCUUCCCAGGAUCGUUUUAUUUUGUUUCCAUAUUCAUGUACUCUAUCUCUACGCUUCUCUUUAUAUAUUUGCAUAGGCAGUCUCCCAAUGAUCGAAAUAACGUAGAAGAAAAAGUAAAACUAAGGAAUUCCUGUGAAUAUAAAAACAAAAUUCAAAGAAUCAUUUCAGAGGAAGCUGAAAGGAUAGAAGACAGUGCAUAGAGUGAAUAUAUGAUUUUUACUCAAUAUUUUUUAAACUAUUAUAUGCAAAGAAUCUUUUAUAAAUAAUGAUGUGGAUGUAGAAACUGCAAAUCGUCGCUUUACCAAGAAAAUUUCCUCCUCCUUCUCCACUUCUAGAAGAAAAUGGGUUUUAGAUGCCUAUCUCUGAUUGUAGGUACCUAUUUAAAAAAAAUGGUUUAAGUCAUUUUUGCUGCAACAAAUUACAUAUAUUCAAUAUAGUUAACUAUUACUUACUAAA